GUUGAUUCAAUGUCCUCUGCGGUUAAGUUGGAAUCCGUUAUCUGUCAGAAUGGUGAGGAGCCAGAUUAUACAUCUGUAAAUGGGAAGGUGGCAUUUGCCAAAAGAUUAAAUGUAGUGCGCAAAAUUCUUGAGGGAUUCCGUAGGCAAGGAGAUUGGUCGGCUAUCAAGACAUCAAUAGGUGCAGUUCGAAGAGUAGCUAGCAACAGGUAUUCCAAAAGUAAUCAGGCUGUGGAUACGGAAGAAAAAAGGGAACAUGGAUCUGGAAGAAAUUCUGGCCCCCUUUUGUCUGGAACUGCAUAUUGCCUUUCUUCUUGUUGCAUGAUCAUGCUGAACAAAAUUGUCCUUUCAAGUUAUUCGUUCAAUGCUGGGGUCUCAUUGAUGUUUUACCAGAAUCUUAUCAGUACUCUCAUAGUUGGUAUAUUGGGUUGCUCUGGAGCAGUGACAGUGGAGAAGCUCAAUUGGAAGCUAAUUAAAGUUUGGAUCCCGGUGAAUUUGAUCUUCAUUGGCAUGCUUGUUUCAAGCAUGUAUAGUUUGAAAUACAUAAAUAUUGCAAUGGUGACAAUUCUGAAGAAUGUGACAAAUAUUUUAACAGCAAUUGGAGAGCUGUAUAUUUUUGGGAAGCGGCAGAAUCAGAAAGUCUGGACUGCCAUGUUUGUUAUGAUUAUCUCUGCUGUAUCUGGAGGUAUAACAGACCUCUCAUUUGAUGCUACGGGGUAUGCUUGGCAAUCAGUUAAUUGUAUUCUCACUGCAAGCUACUCACUCACAUUGCGACGUGUCAUGGACAGAGCAAAGCAAUGUACAAAAUCUGGAUCUCUUAAUGAAGUCUCCAUGGUGUUACUGAACAAUGGGAUAUCUAUACCUUUUGCUAUCAUCUUGAUCUUCAUGUUCGAUGAAUGGCGUUACGUAAUUAAUGCGGAUGUAAUUAAGAUUCCAAUGUUUUGGGUUGCUGCGACAGCCAGUGGGCUGCUUGGACUAGCCAUUAGCUUCACAUCAAUGUGGUUUUUGAAACAAACUGGUCCAACCACCUACAGUCUUGUGGGUUCCUUAAACAAGAUUCCCAUUUCUAUUGCUGGCCUUUUGGUGUUCAAGGUUCCUCUCAGUAUCCCAAACUUAUUCAGCAUACUAUUCGGUCUACUUGCUGGAGUACUUUUCGCCAGGGCUAAGAUGUCUUGACGCUACGCUGUCAUGCCUGUGUAUCAAUAAAACACCAAGUUUCCCUAUAUACAAGUCAUUGAAGCCCAAAGGAAGAUUUCAUAUUAACUACUUAUUAUAUAUUUGGUUUGUUCAGAUGCUCAUUCACGUGAAAUGAAGCAUCUAUCAAUUUUGGUUUUUGUGAGCAGUAAUUAUUCAAUUCAGUCAUCUGAACCAUCUUUUUCUGGAAUAUAGAUCAAAUACUUCAACUGUAGAAAAGGU